AGUCAAACUGCGCAUGGGAAACAUGUUAACUUACGAUAUGAUAAUAGAAAACGAUGCUCUAAAUUCAACAUCAUUAAAGAAGCUAUUUUUCGGAAGCUACAUAAGAGUGUCCAAGAAAACCUUUAACCACAAAACUCUCUUUAAGAAAUGUAAACAGCUGACAAAUUUAGAAAUGUCAACCUUUGAUUUCUCCGUAUUUUCCGGUGAUGACUUCCGCGACAUGCUGUCUCCCCUGACACAUCUCCAGGAGCUUAUUUUGCGCCAAACAAUGCUGUAUACUGUUCCUGAUAUCUCCAUAUUUCCCAGUCUUAUAAGUCUAAACUUAGAAGAAAAUUGGAUUCGGCAGGUACACAAAGAUGAUUUUCAAAACAACUCACGACUUGAAAAGAUAAGCUUUAGAAAAAACCAACUUACAACAGUUCGAGAAGACUCAUUCACAGAUGUAAUAUGGAAACAACCCAACCUCUCCAUAGAUAUAUCGCAUAAUCCCUUUGCUUGUGAUUGUGAUCUUGAAUGGUUUAUCAAUUGGGCAUACGGAAAAGGGAUAAUAUUGAAAAACAGCGAUUAUCAAUGCGAUUCCCCAAAACAGUGGAAGGGAACUCGACUUGAUGUUCACAUUGAAAGUCUAAAGACAAGCUGUCAUCCGUUUAGCACAUUGCUUGUGACAAUGUUAACAGUGUGUUCUUUUAUGUUUAUAUUUGUUUUUAUUUUGAUUCUUGUCUGGAAGUUAAGGUGGGAUGUUAAGUAUUAUCUUCACAAAUGGACAAACAGAAGAAGUAAAUAUCAAGCACUUAUUGAAAGGGAGUUAAAGGAAUACGACGGAUUUGUUGCAUACAACACGCGUGACCGGAAAUGGAUUAUGUCUGAACUUGUCGAUGUCAUGGAGAAAAAAGAAAACUACAAACUUUGUCUCCAUGAGAGAAACUUUUUACCGAGCUGUGCUCACGUUGAUAACAUACUUGAAAGUAUUGAAGCCAGUAGGAAAUUCAUUUUGGUACUUUCUAACAACUUCAUGGAGGAUCAGUGGUGCAAUUACGAAACCAUCAUUGCCAAUCAUAAGUUAGCAGAUGGAAAUGGGGACAGAGUUUUUCUUAUUUUGUUGGGGAAAAUAAGCUCUAAACAUUUUACAGUAGCACUGAAAACUUUGUUAAAAUCUGUAGAAAAUGCGGAAUGGACUGUAAACGAAAACGGAAAGAAAUUGUUUUGGAAUAAACUGAAAAGUUUUAUGCGUUAAUAAGUUUGAAUAAAGGGAAGUGUAGGUAAUUACUGAUUGUAAUUGCUCAUAAUGAAUGAACAGUAUUACAUUUAGGACCGUUGUAUGUCUUCUGCGUUGGGUAUUUUCUUUUAUCAGGAAAUAAAAAGUACCUGCUUACCA